AUGGUGUUUAUGCGUUCUGGCGGUCAAAGGUUCGCGCAAGGCUACGUGACCCGAAGAUGCAGGAAAAGCACCCACGGUUUGCCCUCAUCCAAUUGGAGAAGGCGACUCUCCUUGGAACAGACGUAUUACGAAGUCUUCAACCAGGACAAUGUCGAUUUGAUUGACCUCAACGAGAAUCCGAUAGCUGAAUUCACAUCGAAGGGUAUUGUAACCGGGGAUGGAAAGGAGCACGAAUUUGAUGUUAUCGUUCUCGCUACUGGAUGGGAUGGUGUCACUGGGGCGAUGACGAAGAUUGAUAUACGAGGUAUAGGUGGGCAGACGGUUGCUGAGAAGUGGAAAGAUGGGGUGUACACGAACUUGGGAAUGACGGUAUCUGGUUUCCCAAACAUGUUCUUUAUGUCUGGCCCUCAAGCCCCGACCGCAUUUUCUGUCGGUCCGAGUUGCAUCGAACCUCAAGGCGACUGGAUUGCUAAUGUGAUUAAGCACAUGAAGAAGAAUCACUUGACAAAGAUUGAAGCUACGCCGGAAGCUGAACAGAUUUGGCGAGGAAUGGUCAUGAGCAUCCAUGAUAAGCUCCUUGUGAGAAACGCCAGGGUUGGUGGAACGGAGCUAACAUUCCCGGAAAACCAGCGGAAAUAUUGA